AUGAAGCACCUCGCAGCCUACCUCCUCCUCGCCCUUGCUGGCAACGAGAGCCCCUCUGCCUCCGACAUCAAGGAGGUCCUCUCCUCCGUCGGUAUCGACGCUGAGGAUGCUCGCCUCGAGAAGCUCCUCUCUGAGCUUGAGGGCAAGAACAUCCAGGAGCUGAUCUCCGAGGGUGCCGCUAAGCUCGCCUCCGUUCCCUCCGGCGGUGCUGGUGGUGCUGCCGCCCCUGCUGCUGCCGGUGGCGCUGCUGCCGCUGAGGCCCCCGCUGAGGAGAAGGAGGAGGAGAAGGAGGAGUCCGAUGAGGACAUGGGCUUCGGUCUCUUCGACUAA